CCCCCACUCCGCUCCUCCUCUCCCCCCACCUCCUCCUCCUCCUCCUCCUCCUCCUCCUUCCUUCUCCUUCCUCGGUGUAGCACAGCUCGGCAGACCGCGAUGGAGGCAUUGGGCUACUCUUCAUCUGAACCAACUGCUUCCCAGUGAACACAGCUGGACGACCAUGCGGAAGACACCUCAGUGGUCCUCCCUCCCCUGUUCAAUCCCAAGGGCUCCAUGUUACACCUGUGACACUUUGAACGCUUCUUUCCUGAGAAGAUUUAGGUUUCCUGACUGCAGCUCUGAGCUGAAGCGCAGCCCCCUAAAGCAAGUUUCAGUUGUUACCUCUUUUAAAAAUUAGGCAGUAAAUUAGACGUCCCGGCCCCUCCGAAGAAAUCAAUAUGCAUCACUGACCUGCACUGUGUGGGAGUCUUUCAAACUUUGCCUUUUCACUUUCAAGGUGUCUCAUGAGUUGCUUCUCUGAACAAGCCGGAUCAAUAUCAUUUAAUUUAAAGCCUCCAAAGAAAGCAGCUCAAUAGACAAGGCGUACUGGAUUUUUUUUUUUUUUUGCCCAGGAGUGAUUGGCAGCUUUCUGUCAACAUCCCAAAGGAGUGGAAAGUCAAACAGUUGUGUUGCCAACACAAACAGCUGGCCCGAAGGAGAUCGCUGUGUUUCCUAUUAACUUUUUGCUUUCAUAAAAGUUCUUUUUUUUCUGUCAUCCUCUAACUCAGCCCUGGAGAUUUAGCCUUUGGACUACGCCAGAGGAAUCCUGAACCACAGAUAUUUCCAUUAUGUUGGAAGUGCAGCACGGACCAGAGUGCACAGCCGUGAGCGGGAGCCGGCAUAUAAGUCUCUAGUAAUGCCGUAAUGAACAGAAUGGCUGGACUCAAGUACUGAGAAGAGCACAGAAAUCCUCAUGUCUUCAUAAAUCAGGCAUAACUCAUCCACUCACACAUAAAUCAGACAUACCCAGGUGAGCCUGGAGGAGCCUAGCUAACCGUCUGCCAGUUUAAGCACUUUGUUUCAUUUUACCCAUGGCUGCACAUGGUGCAAGGAUGCCCCAUAACACCACCGCUGUUCCUGAAAGAGAGAGAGAGAGCGAGAGAAAAGGAGAAGAACGGGUAGGAAAUGACAGAGUGUUUGACAGAAUGCAAAGCGCUGGUGACGCCAUCCACGCGCAACGGCCACCGCGUCUUCAGCUACACGCUCGAGAGCCACACGUCGGCCGCCUUCGCCAUCAUGAACGAGCUGCGCCUGGAGCGGCAGCUCUGCGACGUCACGCUGCGAGUUCGCUACAAGGACCUGGAGGCGGUGGACUUCGUGGCCCACAAAGUCGUGCUGGCGUCGUCGUCGCCGGUCUUCAGGGCCAUGUUCACCAACGGCCUGAAGGAGUGCGGGAUGGAGCUGGUGCCGAUCGAAGGGAUUCAUCCGAGAGUUAUGGACAGACUGAUCGAGUUUGCCUACACAGCAAGCAUUUCCGUGGGCGAGAAGUGCGUCAUCCACGUGAUGAACGGCGCCGUCAUGUACCAGAUAGACAGCGUGGUCAAAGCCUGCUGCGACUUCCUCGUCCAGCAGCUCGACCCCAGCAACGCCAUUGGCAUCGCCAGCUUCGCGGAGCAGAUCGGUUGCACAGAGCUCCACCAGAAGGCCCGAGAGUACAUCUACAUGAACUUCAGCCAGGUGGCAACCCAAGAGGAGUUCUUCAACCUGUCCCACUGCCAGCUGGUGAACCUCAUCAGCCGCGACGAGCUCAACGUGCGCUGCGAGUCUGAAGUCUUUCAGGCGUGCGUGGCCUGGGUGCGCUACGACCGAGAGAACCGGCGGCCGUACGUCCAAGCCUUGCUCCAGGCCGUCCGCUGCCAUUCCCUCACCCCCAACUUCCUGCAGGCCCAGCUGCAGUCUCUGGACUGGGACCCGCAGUGUAAAGACUACCUAGCCCAGAUCUUCCAGGACCUCACUCUCCACAAACCCACGAAAGUCAUUCCUUGCAGAACUCCCAAGGUGCCGCAGCUGAUCUACAGCGGGGGUUAUUAUCGCCAGUCUCUCAGCUACCUGGAGGCGUACAACCCCUGCACGUCGGCCUGGAGGCUGGCUGACCUGCAAGUGCCCCGCAGUGGUCUGGCAGCCUGUGUGAUCAGCGGGCUUUUCUACGCCGUCGGCGGAAGAAACAACGCGCACGGCAACAUGGACUCAAACGCUUUGGACUGUUACAAUCCCAUGAACAACUGCUGGCUGCCGUGCGCGCCCAUGAGCAUGCCCAGGAACCGGAUCGGGGUGGGCGUCAUCGACGGCAUGAUCUAUGCAGUCGGUGGAUCGCAUGGGUGCAUUCAUCACAACAGUGUGGAAAGGUAUGAUCCAGAAAGGGACCAGUGGCAGCUGGUCGCCCCGAUGUUAACGCGGCGUAUCGGCGUGGGCGUGGCCGUCAUCAACCGCUUGCUUUACGCCGUGGGGGGGUUCGACGGCGCCAACCGCCUCAGCUCCUGUGAGUGCUACAAUCCUGACAGGGACGAGUGGAAGACCAUGGCCUCCAUGAACACGCUGCGCCGGAGCUCAGGCGUUUGCUCGCUGGGGAAUCACAUCUUUGUGAUUGGCGGGUACGACGGCACCAACCAGCUGAACACAGUGGAGCGCUACGACGUGGAAACCGAUACGUGGAGCUUUGCUGCCUCCAUGAGGCACAGACGCAGUGCUCUGGGAGUUACUGCAUUACACGGACGCAUCUAUGUGCUGGGAGGAUACGACGGCAACACCUUCCUGGACAGCGUGGAGUGUUACGACCCGGAGACGGACACGUGGUCAGAGGUGACGCACAUGACGUCUGGGCGGAGCGGCGUGGGCGUGGCCGUCACCAUGGAGCCCUGCCAGAAGGACCCGCCGCAGUGUGAGCGGCCUGAGAGGGAGUGCGGCGCCCCACCAGCCAGUCAGCCGGCCAGCUCCGGGUUCCACCACGGUCAGCGGCACAGUGGAAACUUUGGCAAAGACGCAUGAAGCUCGUUUUCUCACCCCGUCUCACACACGUGUCCUCAGACGAAACUCUCCAAACCUCAACUCUGUGCUCACAAACAAAGUGAACUCCCCCACGAGCAAAACCACACAGACACAUCAGUAGCAUUUUAUUUAAAAAUACGAAAAGUGUUGCUGAUAUUCCUCUCCACCAAGGUGAAACUUAACUUAAAUAUGAGUCUCAGCACUGAAAAGUCCAAAUCAAGUGCAAAACCCAGUUUCUGUAGCUGUGGUGUAAUCCUGGUUGCCGUGGAUCGUGUCAAGCCAAACGCGAUAAGCUGAGUCACGUCACGAUUCACUGGGUUUAGGAAAAGCGCCGCUGAGUCAAAAUGUUAGCUCUCUGACUCAGAGGGAGUCAGCGGCUCUUUUAUUUUGAAGAGCAGAGGAGGAAAAUACAUGAACUGAUUGGAGACAAGGCAAAAAAAAAAAAAAACUAAAAAUGUAGCAGCAUUUGUCAGUAGAGUUCAAAGUGCCAUUACAAAGCCUGCGGGCGUCACUGAUAUCAGUAUAUUGUCUGGAGAUGCUUGUAUUGGAGAGUCGCUGUUUGUUGUGUAGGAAUUGAUGAAGUGAACCCAGACAGCCAGAGGAUGAAGCUCUCACACAGCCGUGGGCCUCAUGCAAGAGGAUCCUUCUCCCAUCUAAAGCUUUGUUACAGAUACCCAUGUCUCAUAUUAAUACAAAAGAUUCAUGAGAGUUUUUCUUGCUAGUUGAAAGAUGAAAUAAAAUAAUCAGGUAUGAAAAUAAAACUGGCAUUAUACCACCACCACAUGAAUGACUUUAUCUUUAUUUUUGUUCUCUCGUAGUAAUAUAAUAAUAAAACUAGUUGUGAAGUAUUUAACAGGAUAUAAAAGCACAUUUUAGGCUUCAUCACAGGUUGACGUGUUUCACUAUUUCGACAUUUCAUUGACAGAACGACUCGGAACAAUGAUUUAAAAGUGUUUCACCGGGAACAAAGUGUGUAAAUGAAGGUGCUGCUUGCAUGAGCCCCACUGUCUGAAAGUGUCGACGCAGAAGACGCAGAACCUCACACACGCGUGUCCUUUCACUAACAGCCACCAUUUUCUAAAAAAUGUGUUGUUGAAACCUUGUUGACAGACUCGGCCAUCGUCGGUGUGCAGGAUGCCAACCGUGUGAAUAAAAAGAGUUUAGACUUCACGUAGAGGACACAGAUCACUGUAGCAUUUAAAAAAAACAACUUGGAUUUGAACAUCUCACUGAAUGUGUUUUAUAUUUAAAAACACUAAUUUCUGACAGAACUGAUAACCUCUCACCUGCAGUUGACUUUUUUUGGUUUUCACAUCCACCAGACCUCAAAUACAGAAGUGACCAUGUCUGUGCAUUAGUAUCCAAACACUGUAUGCUAAUGACGACGACUUGCUUAAAAGAAGUGUGUUUGUAACAGCAAUUUAAGCUACAAAGGUUUUUAAGUGACGUUUUGUACAUUGAUAUUCUAAGAAGUCUUGUACAGAAUUUCAGAGCUCACUUUUUUUAUUUAUUUGUUCAGAUGCUGUUUGGUUUUCUUGUUCCUCUGAACUGACAUCAGCUUUGUAUUGAAUAGGACUCUGGUGUAGUGUUUUUGAAUAACUAGCAUGCGUUGUAACUAAGUAGGGCCGCCUGUUGAUGCUAAUUUUGAAUGUUUGUAAAAAAUAAAAAAAAAUAAAAAUAAAAAAUAAGAGGGAUAAAAAAAAGCAACAACAAAAAACAAAAACUUUGAAAGGGACUUGUUUUUCUGUCCAGUCAGUGGUUGGAAUGAGAAUUAGAAUAUUUAAGGUCUGCUUUGUACAUUUUUUUUCCAGCAAAAAAUACUCUGUACAAUAAGACUUGUAAAGUAAAAUAUAUGUUUAUUGUA